UCUCAUCACUUCCAGUUCCAGCUGAAAAGCUCUAACCACAAACACCGAAAAUCAGACCACAGAGCCCCAUCUCCCAUGGCGUCGUCACCCUCUCUCCUCCGCUCUACAACCCCGUCGUUCCCCGGUCAAUUCACUGCAGUUCCGACUCUACAUUCCGUCCGGUUACCGUACGGAAACCCAAGAAACAGAUGGGGCGGUCUCUCCGUCAAGGCAGCGUCGGUAGUUUUGGUCGACAAAACGGACGCAACGAAGGUCCAUCGGCUUAAGACGAAUUACCUCGAAAAGAUCAUCCCCUUGCUUAAAGAAGAAUUCUCCUACACCAACAUUCACCAGGUUCCAAAACUUGAGAAGAUUGUGGUAAACUGUGGUAUGGGACAAGCUGCACAGAAUGAAAAAGGUCUGGAUGCAGCAGUAAAAGAGUUGGCAAGCAUCACUGGGCAGAGGCCAGUGAUAACACGGGCAAAGAAGGCCAUUGCUACCUUCAAACUCAGAGAAGGUCAGCCCACUGGGAUUGCCUGCACUCUAAGAGGAAAGGUGAUGUAUGCGUUUCUGGAUCGUAUGAUUAACCUGGGGCUUCCUAGGACAAGGGAUUUCCAAGGUGUCAACCCCAAUAGCUUCGAUGGGCAUGGUAACUAUAACAUUGGGUUUAAAGAACAAGGUGUGUUCCCAGAGAUCAGGUAUGAUGUAAUUGGUAAGCAAAGAGGAAUGGACGUUUGCAUAGUUACUUCUGCUAAAACAGAUAAAGAAUGCUUUAGAUUACUUGCUCUCAUGGGAAUGCCAUUUAGAGAGGGUGGUGGAGCAGUGACUGUGGUGCGCAAGAAGAAGCUGAAGUCUCACCACUUUGAUUCGAAAGCAAAGGCCGAUGCACGGAGAUAAGUGUGCCACUUUUCAAAAGGACGAAUACGUUCUUGUACCUACGAGUUUCUAGCUCUUUGUUUGUAUGUUUGUACUUUUGCGACUUGAAUGUAGAAAGGAAUGGUUCAGUGAUUAAAUCACAUGCAGUUUUUUCUAUCA